GACCCCAGAUGAAUGCUCUGAGUAAAUCUGUUAUCAACUAUGCCCAAACUCAGUCAGUGCUAAAUAUUGAGACGAUCUGGUUCAGUAAUUAUAGUAAAAAACAAAAACAAAAUAUUUUACUGAUUUCAUCACAAAUUCCAACAAGUUCGGAUCUACGUCAAAUAUGAACAAGACUCUAUUUAUAUUUUUUAUUGGAAUUGCUUUAAUAGCACUAAUUGAAUCAAAGCCCUGCUCAAGGAAAAGUGUCCGGUGCGGCAAGACAAAAUGUACCCGAGAUAAUGAUGAGAAAUCCGGCUGCGACAACUCUUCGUCAUCAUCGUCAUCGUCAUCAUCAUCAUCUUCGGAAGAAGAUAAUGAUAAGAAAUGUGAUUCUUCAUCUUCAUCGUCGUCAUCAUCAUCUUCUUCAGAGGAAGAUAAUAAUGGAUGUGGUCGUAGCAAAAGUAAAGAUAGUUCGUCUUCGUCAUCAUCAUCUUCGUCAUCAUCAGAGGAAGGCAACGAUAUAAAAUGCGGUCGGCGCAAGAGCAAACAUGAUUCCUCUUCAUCAUCAUCAUCGUCAUCAUCAUCAUCAGAGGAAGAUAAUAAGUGUUCUUACAAGCCCCGAGGGCAUCAUAACAAGAAAUCCAGACAUUUACGAGACUUGCGGUCCAUAAAUAACAUGCAAAUGUAAAUUAUAAUAUUAUAACUAUUGUAGUUUUAGUAUUACUUUAAUAAAACUAUAAUUAAAAUAUAUUUUUGAAUAUAAUAUCAACUACCCAUUGUUAUAUUGUUAACUGAUCAACUUACACUGCCCUUGCGAAAUGUAUUGUAUGUAAUGUAUGGAAAUACAAAAUGUAUUCAGUGUGAAAUACCAUCACAACAAUAAAUUAUAACUUACUGUAUUAUAAUAUUACAUAUAAUCGUACAUUUUCACACUUGUAAUAUUAGUAGGUUAGAAUUAUGUACGUAUUGUUAUAAAUUUAAAGUCGAAGCCCACUAUUAUUUCGACUUAUAGACGGCAAAAUUUAUGGGUUCCAACUAAUUCUCUGGUGAUUGAAAACACCGAUAACAAAUCAAAUUAAUUCAAGUGACAACGGUAGACUUGCCCUCUAAUAGCAAGCUUAGCAAAAAGUGAACAUGUCGAGUGUUACGUUCACCACAACAGUCUAUUAAUGCCUAUAAAUACUAUGAGAAAUUAAUCUCGAGCCAUAUUUGCUUUUUAUUCUAUUUUUUGUAGUAAAUAAAGUAUUUGAGAACAUU